UCCUGCCUGUGCUGGGAUCUGGGUAGGGCAGCCCUGGGCAGGCUGGCCGGUAUUUCCCCAGCUGUGAAAUAAGGGAUGCUGCUGCCGCUGUCGUGCACUGCAGCGUGCCGGUUGCCCUGCAGAGGAGGAGGAGGAGGAGGAGGAGGAGGACGAGGGCUUUUGCUGGUGUUGAGGCGGUAGUAGGCGAGGCACGCGGUUUUGGUCGCUGUGUGUUCAGCAGCGCAGCACAAGGAAGUGCGUUGGCUUUGGCCUCUGUUGGUUUCACACUUUCAUUUUCCAGCUCCAGAUGAAAUAGCAGGUCUUCGUUCCCCUCAGACUGAUGAUCCAAACUGUAGUGCUGUUAAUGUAACAUCCAUUGUCUGUCUACGAGUGGCUGUUUGGUCAGCAGUAGGUGAAGAUAGUUUUCACGGACUUGUGAUAAGGAGGGUAAGGUGUGCCCAUGUUAAUGUCAAGCCACAUCCCUCUCCAAGCCCGAGUGACAUUUUUUCUGCAUGCAGUAGGUGUUUACAGAUGUGCUUUCCUAGAUCUUAUCAACGAAGGGUAACUGGGUGGGAAUGUUUUGCCUGCCUCAACAAACUUCCCAAGAGCCACUUAACAACUGCCAAGAUCUCCAGUGCAACCACGCAUUAUAUAAACACGAGAAAUGCCAGAAGAUAUAGACGACAGAGGAAAAACCACCCUGUCCUGAGAGUGAGGCCUAUAUUUGCAUAGUUUUUGGCUUAGUUGUGGAAUUUGCCAUCCAAGAAUUAUCUUCCUUAGUUGUGACAAUUUAUUACCUGUUUGUCUUCGAUGGGGCAACGAAUUCACUUUGUGGUUGACCCUCAGGGUUGGUUCUGCAUGGGCCUAAUUAUCUUCGUCUGGCUGUACAAUACAAUCUUCAUUCCAAAGGUCAUCCUUUUUCCUCAUUAUGAAGAGGGAAAUAUUUCAGUUGUGGCCGUUUUGUGUUAUUACUUCUGCUCAUUGUUUUGUAUAGCUUCAUUGUUUAGAGCCUCAGUAGCAGAUCCAGGAAAACUGCCUGAAAACCCAAAGAUACCAAUUACAGAACGAGAACGUUGGGAGUUGUGCUACAAAUGCAAUAUGAUGAGACCAAAGCGUUCACACCACUGCAGUCGCUGUGGACAUUGUGUGAGGAGGAUGGAUCACCACUGUCCAUGGAUUAAUAAUUGUGUUGGUGAAGACAAUCACUGGCUGUUUUUACAGCUGUGUUUCUACACCCAGAUCCUUAGUUCCUAUACGCUGAUACUUGACUUCUGCCAUUACUACUACUUUUUGCCUCUAAAGAAAGAAAACUGGGACGUGUUUGUAUUUAGACAUGAACUUGCUCUCCUAAGAAUAUCUGCCUUCAUGGGUCUAAUAAUAUUAGGUGGAAUAAGCCGACUCUUUUACACUCAGCUAAUUGGUAUUUUCACUGACACUACAAGUAUAGAAAAAAUGUCAAACUGUUGUGAAGACAUAUCGAGGCCCCGAAAGCCAUGGCAGCAGACCUUCUCAGAAGUUUUUGGCACUCACUGGAAGAUCCUGUGGUUUAUUCCUUUCAGGCAGAGGCAGCCACUGCGAGUUCCCUACCACUUUGCCAAUCAUGUCUAAACAGAUGGAUGGUGGGCACAGAUGGGUCCUCCAUGCUGGAAGUACAUUACAGGUUUUAUGAUAAUGGGACUAUGACAGUCUUCAAGUCAAUUAAAAUCCAGUCGUAGGCAUCACAUUGUGCCUCGGGCAUUAUUUUAGCUAUGGUCUUGAUUCUGUUCUGAAAUUGAUGCAAGUUAAACAAUCAACUUCAGGCUUAUUUACUUUAAAAUUAGAUUUCCAAAGAGAUUCCUUUUGUCUUUGAUGUUAAUACCAAAAGCAAACAACUGGAAUGUAGUCUUGAUCCAGUUUGAUACUGGCUCUUUUUUUUUUUUUUUUUUUUUUCUUUUUUACUUCUUUUUUUUCUUUUUUAUUUUCCAUGUAGGAAGCACUGAUGUUUACAUUGAUGGUUAGAUUUCUUACUAAGUGUCUUAUUCUGCCUUGAAAUUUUUUUUUAGGGUUCUUAUCAGUAGGUCUGUCUGGAUAAUAAUAGUAAUAAUGUUUUUUUUCCUGCUGCAUAUGUUUAAAAUUCCAUGAUUCUGCCAGUUAUUUAUGAUAUGCAAAAGUAAUCCUGCAGCACUGCACUAUGAAAGGUAAUAUUUAAAGCUGAAACAGAGUACUUCCUAAACCUCCUAAAGAGGUUUUGUAAAGGCAUACAAAUGUGUGUGUGUUUACAUAGAGAACAGUUUACAGUUUACAGUUAUCUUUUGAUAUGAUGUUAGUGAAGAGUGUUCAUGUCUUUAUGUCAGUGAGGGGGAUUAAAUAUUUCAGGGUAAACUAUGCAGAUACAGAGCAUGUUUUUCCCUAAAUCCCAAGGAUUCGAAUCAGCAAUAACCAACAAACAAGGUGAAUGGUGCAAAUACUAGAAUGAUUACUUUUGAGAAGUAGAGAUGUAAUUAGUAAGCAUAAUGUACCAUAAAGAAGAGUAUAUUGUCAGUAAAGUUAGAAAUUUUAUAUUUUGUUUAGUCUUGAUUAGCUGAAAUUGGUCUGUUUGUAUAUUAAAAGUAAAAAUAAUUAAAAAUAUUUAUACAGUAAAUAUAGAUUUGCUACUUACAUGAACAGUGAAGUAUAUUAACACAUUUAAUAGGGUACUAUGUUGAUGUAGAUAGCUUGUUGUUCAUUUAAGUAUGGAAGUAGUUAACCAAAGAAAGCAUCUUUCAGAUCUGGUAAAAUGAUAACUAUUUCCAAAGUACCGGCUCAGUCUUCUUGUAUCUGGAAAAAUUAUGUACUUGCUUUAGCACUCUGUAUCUAUACAAAUAUUGACUUCAGAUGAUUGUGAAAACUACUAUGGAUAUCUAGGAGAAAUUCACAGCUCAUUGUUUCCAGUUAGGCUGCUUACUGUGCUUGUUGCAUAGUCUAACAGGACUAGGAUCCACCUUAAAUGGCAUGCAGCAGGACACAAUAAAAGACACAAAUUCAUUAUUUAAUAUAUGUAUAUUGUGCAGAAAGUAAGUUUAUUUGCAAACUUUAUUUAUGUAAGUUACUUCAAAAAAAGAAAGGUAAGAUUUUUCAUGACUGGUGUUGUCAAAAAAAUUUUAGGUCAACUCUUUUGAAGUCUUAGUACAGUUACUGCUGGUGUUAGGUGUCUGUUUAUUGAAUUAACAGAUUUUAAUGAUAAUUUGAAAGUUCCAAAAAGUGCAUCUUAAAAAUCACCUUCAACUUUAAACUUUUGUAAAUGUGUAACAUUUCAUCCAACUUUACUUUUCCUGUCCUUUUAAAAAGAGUGUUUUAUUAAUUUAUAUUUAAAGCCUAAUGUUCAGCCAUUUUCCUUUAAUUUUUCCUUGUGCCAACUGUAGUGAUGUUAGACUUUCUUUCAAGUGGUAUUGGCAUAUCAACAGCAAUAUUUAAACAAAAAGAAGUUUGAGGAAAUGGGUGAAAAGACUGGAGCAGUGCUUGAAAUUGGAAGGAAUGUGUAAUAAAGUAAUAAAGUAAUGGCUCUAUUAUUUUCUUCCCUCCCUCCCCCACGAUUUAGUCUAUAUUUUAGGCAUAUACAGGGAAAUCAUAUGU